AUGGGUAUUCGAUGUGAAUUUCCACAUAAGUUAAAUAACGUUCUUCUUUAUGGUGAAUUAUCAGAAAAAAUUCAUCUUCCUCGACUUUAUCGAUUGUACCUUCCAUCGGAUAUGGAAGUUGAUACUCGAGAAUUUUUUAUUGAAUUAUCAAGAGUAUUCAACUGUCAAACCGAAGAAAUCGAUGCACAUUCAGCAGCUGCUUUUGCUUAUGAACAAUAUAAUAAAGACAAAUAG